GAAGGAUGAAGUGUGGUCGCCCUCACAAGCGAAAUGUGAGUCUCGUGAUCUCAUCGAUGUGCUCGUGAGCGGACCGUUGUCGCGGUGGCGAUAAGUAAAUGUGCGCGGUCCCCCGCUCGUCGGUUAUUGCAAUGACCCUGUGAUGCGAUUGCCGCUAAACGGGAUAUUUUGCGCAAUAUAAAAUGACCUCGUGAAAUCGGGAAGUCAUUACUUUUGCUCUCCAUGGUGUUCCGACAGAGUUUGAAGCUUGCGUCUGCAUUACUGGCACUUGCCACGCCAUCCUUGGCGGUUGGUGUCGCGCCUGGUCAGAUCAAAAACUUCGUCACUUUCGGUGACUCUUACACUGAUUCCUCUUACUACCCCUCUGCUGACGGCGGCUAUUCUUGGCCGACAUGGGCGGCGAUGUAUGGUGACUUCAAUCUCCAUGGAUUCGCUCGUUCUGGCGCAACAUGCUCGAACUUCUAUACCUACAGACCUUUCCCCCCGAUCAUGGGUUGGCAGCUCCCCACUUACCUGGAUGAGACAAACAAUGGCACGUUAGCACUAAACCCUGAGGAGACGAUGUACACCAUCUGGAUUGGAACCAACGAUCUGGGUGCCGGAGCGCUGCUCACCGGAAGCGAUGCAUUCACGUCAAUUGUUCAGGUUAGGCAAUGCGUCAUCGACGUCAUUGAUAUUUUGUACAAGAGCGGUGCUAGGAAUUUCAUCAUACAGAACAUACUUCCACUUGACCUGACUAUCUUGUACUCUAAAGACUCGUACCCCAACACGUAUUGGGACCUGGAGCGCAACACAACCGAGUGGAAUGUGUUUAUGAAGGAGCUGGUGCUGGGAGGGAAUGAAAUCACAUCCCUUAUGCUCGAGGCGCUUGUUCCCACGCUCCCCGGUGCCCAUAUCGCAUCAUUCGACUCCUACGGGCUUUUCACCGACAUGUACGACAACCCCCAGAACUACUUGAAUGGCACGGCGCCAUACAAUGUAACGGGCUGCAUACACUCAUGCGUGUAUGCCUUGAACAACGCUUCAGCGCCAGCUUGUACAAUCGCAAAUGGUACUGACGCAGACAGCUUCCUGUGGUAUGACGAACUUCACCCAUCGCAGCAGUCCGACAGAAUCAUUGCUAGGGAGAUGACCGCAGUGAUGAAGGGAGAGUAUAACCAAUGGACGACGUGGCUGAGCUAAGUCAGUCACUUGCAGAGCGUUCAAGAAUAGUAGAUAAUUUUUCGAACCUGGGAUACUUUGAUGCCCCGAAUUCUAGUACUUGGUCACCG